AAAAUAUUUUGUUCCUGCUUUUAAUAUUUUUCAUCACAUCAUUUUGUGUUGUUUUCUAUAAUAGUUAGUUUAAAGACAUUCUAAUAUGCUUCUUUGAUCAGGACAUUAAGUUAAAGUUCCACUUACUUUACUUCUCCUGCAUUCCCUAAAAUUUUAUUUGACGAUGUCAAAUGAUACGUAUACCUACCUGUGCUAAGUAACGUCUGCUUGGUUGCAUCCUUUGCUUCCAAAGGAUCUUAUUACAGAUUUUAUUGAUCUGUUUUUAAAUGUUUUACUGUAUCAUCAUGAAAUAUAGAAUUUAAAUCUGUUUUAUGGAUAUCUAAUGUGUAAAACUUAUAUAUCAAUGAGUUCAAUGUAUUCCUGCAAACUUUUAUUAUUGAAAAAAGACCUGAUAGUUUUCACUUUUGAGACUUACUGCAAUAUUUUCCAUAUUUAAAUGCUUCUAUUUUGAAGAAAAAUUAUCUUAUUUGGUCCAGGAAAGAAGGAAAAGGAUUUUACUUACGUCUGAUUUACUUUCUAUUGAUGAAUUAUUGACAUAUGGGUCCGUUAGUGACCCUCAACAGAAUUAAGUGGAGACAGUCCCUAUAUUUAUCAUACUGAUUCCACAUAUUUCUGUGGACGGUCACAAACCUACCCAAUAAUUGAUUUGUUUUGCUGAUCAUUUAUAAUAAGCAUACUCCAACACGAAAUUCUACUGCCCCUUUACAAUAAUAUGAAUGCACACCAUUUGACCACAUCUUAAUCACUGAAAGCGGAGGUAAAACAAAAGCCAAUGGUAUGGGCCUGACUUUUUCAAGAUUAUUUUCGCCUUUGAUUAAAUAAUCGAGUUCUAGAUAAAAAUCACUAACCCAUUGAGUGUGUUGUCUUUUCGCGUUGAUUUCCUUUCCCGUUUAUUUGAUCUAUACAAGUAGAUCUGUAUCUGUAUUUGUUUGACAAAACAUAAACAAAAUAAAACAAAUAACCAGAGAGAAGGUAAUCAGUUUGAAUCAUAGAAUAAGGAAGAUACAUUUUGUAUAUUAUUCAUGCAUUUAUAAACGAAAGUAAAUUUCAUGUUAUUCAAUCGUUUGCUUACUUUGUUGUUCCUUUUAUUUACUUACAUUAUUUUAGAGAAUCUAUUUAUUGUACGGUAUACUACAGGCCACUAUUUUUGCCUUUAAGUUAAUUUUAUCGCACAAUGUUUUGGAUCCUACAUAAUAAUAUGGUAUUUUGUAUCGCAAGUUGAUUUUUAUAUGCACUAAUGCUUAAUGUGUCAUCUUUUUUAUCUAUUUUUAUAUUUUUGAACCCGGACGUUUUAUGCUUCUGGAGAAUAUAUCCUUGAGCCCGGAAGUCAUUUAACAAGGAAUGAUCUGCGUAUAUCAUGGGAACCCAUAUACUUGGAGGAGCCUACCUUUUUGCUACCUUUUUUCUAGAAGGCAAUUACCUUGAAGGAAUAUUUGCAUUUCUGAGAUAUCUAAUAAGCUACUUUUUCUGACAUUAAGUGAGUUAUGUCAACAUUAAUAUUUACUUUACAACAUGGUUUUGAGUUUAAGCUCUACAUCCGGAAGAAGGCGAUGUUCAGAAAUCUUUACGUUUGAAAUUAUUCAUCAACUACUCAUAUGAGGAAGUUAAUAAAUAGUUGUGUAGAAUAGGGCAGAACUAGCACAGAACUGCUACGUAAAUCGCUUCCUUUUUGGAAAAAAAAUGAUAUUGAACCAAGCUUUUAAGUGUGCUCGGGUGGCAACAACUUUCUUCACAUUGACAGGCAAUCAAUAUUAUCUGAAUGCGUGCGAUAUUACCUUUUUUUAAGUUCAAGGACGUAACUACACUCAUGUUUACGUCCUUGUUUAGUUCUUUCAACCAGCGACGCGGCACGAAUGUUAAAUUGUUAAAAUUAUUAACUAUAUAAAUUAUUAAUUUAUUGUUUUAGCAUCAGUAAAUACAGUUUAACUUAGAUUCUAAAUGCUAUUAUCUGUUUAUAUCACAGGAAAUUUAAACUCUACUACCCUAUUUAUGAUUUGAAUUAAAGUAAAUACAAUUUUAACAAUGUCGUCAUAUACCGUGUUAACUAAAUACAAACCUUUCAUGUAAAAUGUGAUAGCUCGAUGAGCACAGACAAUUGAGCAAACCAUAUUUUAAGCGGUUACUUCCUUAUACGGAAAGUGCGCAGUUUAUAAGUUUAUUAAAUGUACCGGCAUCACGUUAUUUAGUGUUUUACAAAAUUUAAUGGCAAUUUUACUUCUUAAGCUGAGAGAUGUGUCGUUAAUUUUUACGAGAUUGAUUUGUUUGUUCGUUUUCACCGUUACAAAUGUCGAGGGAUACGCUUCAUGGUGUGAUUUCAGUAAGACAGUCUUUGUACCAGAGGAAUCAACUGCAACGUUUUUAACUACUUUUACAUUCAGAACAUUUCGUCAUACGAUGUUUGUAAAAACUGAUAGAACAUUCCAAACUAUAUUUUGGAGUUUUCAUCUGCGUGAAGGUCAUAUAUUUACUGACAACUUAGACUGGUGUGAUCCUUCGUGGAAAAACAGAACUAAUAUUAUCAGUCAAUUAAACACUAAAGGUCAGAUCGAUAUUAGAAUAGAGAUAAGCAAUAUCAGUAUGAAGGAUAAUGGGACGUACUACUUUUCUUUAGGAAAAGUUACUUGCUUUAUCCUGUUUGUAAUGCAAAUACGACUGGAACCAAGGAAAACUGAAGCCACAGAAGAAAAUAUGCCCGUGUAUGUGUAUGCACAUCCACAUGCGUCAGUAAUAACACGUCCGUUUGCAAAUGCAACAAUGACCUGGUUAGUGAACGGGUUAUCUGUCAAUAAGACUGCGAGUUUUAUACAACAAGAUGGUUUGAUUUGGAUACCACAUAUAACGAGAGGACUGGACGGGAGUAAUGUAACAUACCGAUCCGUACAGGAUAACGGGAAUGUCAACGAAGUCAAUUAUACUAUGAAUGUCACGUAUGGACCAAGCCAAUCUCUCUCCUUAGAGCCAGGACAGACACAAUAUUAUCUCGUCAGUGGAGAUAUUAUGCCCGACAUUACGUGUACAGCCGAUUGUAAACCGCCGUGCUCUAUUUCAUGGGGAAAAUACGGCAGUGGUGGAACACUUAGAUUAGGGGAAGUCACGUCAAAGGAUACUGGAGAGUGCACAUGCACUGCUACAAGGACUGGCGUAAAGACCGUAAAGCGGACCAUCAACAUUCAUGUCGCUGGUUUCAAUAACAGCGUAAGGAAGUCACUGAACCAAACAAUUGAAGAUUGUUCAAAUUCGCAAGCGGCUGAUAAUCAUGGACUUGAGCACUAUGAAGCUUUAGAUACUAACACCAUUCAGAAGGAAAAAGUUUAUGAAGUUCCUACCGAGGUCGGGUUAGAGACAUACGAAAAUAUAAGGUUGUCAUCUAUCUCUACUCCGGAAGUACAAGUGGCACACAGCUAGGAUAGCUCGUACUACUGGUCAAAACUCUCGGCGUACGUUCGAUUAUCGACAUACUCGUUUAUAAAGCGAAAUGUGAAAAGUAUAGUGCAUAUGCUUCUACAAACGUUCUUAUUUAUAAAGCAAGGUAGCCACGUCUUUGCUCUUUGACUUUAGUUAACGUUAUGCGUUAUCUUUGAACAAAUUCUGAAAACGUUAUAUGAAAUAAAUUUUUUUCAAGUUAAGCCUUUAACGUGAAUAAUAUGCAGUAAAAUCUGCGAUUGUAUUUUGACAAGGAACACGUACCGGGUGGAAUUUAUACAGAAACACCAUCUUCUGACAUCAGACUGGAAUGGCAAAUUUUCUUGUGCAACGUAGUUUUUUUACUUGCUUGCAAAUUAGUUAAUAGAUAUAUUUGCAUAUUUUCAUGUGAUGAGACUUACGAAGUAGGUAGUUAACGGUAGUUACAAGUACCAGUAAAUGAUUAUUAUAAUUUUAUAAAAGUGACGAGCAUGGACACAGUAUUCUUAAUAGAAUAUUGACUGAAUGGAAGAAUGCUUUAAGCACUUCGAUAUAACCUUGUAUGCAAGGGUUGAUUUAGAAGUAGUGAGGUAUAUUUUUCUAAUAAUCGCAUUCAGUUUCACAGCGCACGGCAAAUUGUACUGAACAUACUUUUACACAUGAUAAACUAUCUGUUGUUUGCAAAAUAAUUUUACCAUAACCUCCCAACUACUUCUUCCCGGUCGCAGUCGUCAUACUAACAAACUAACUAAAUAGAAUUUAAAUCCCUUUUUAUGAAUCGAAUAUGUAAAAUUUAUGUAUCAAUGAGUUAAAUGUAUUCCUGACACAAUCAUUAUGGCUUUUUAGUAUUUUAUAUCACAUCAUUUUGUUGGACAGUUAGUUCAAGUUUCUUUGAUUAUUUAUUUUGUUUUAUUUUGUUGGGUUUAACGUCGCACCGACACAUACAUAGGUCAUAUGGCGACUUUCCAGCUUUGAUGGUGGAGGAAGACCCCAGGUGCCACUCCGUGCAUUAUUUCAUCACGAGCGGGCACUUGGGUAUAACCUCCGACCUUCCGUAAGCCAGCUGGAUGGCUUCCUCACAUGAAGAAUUCAACGCCCCGAGUGAGGCUCGAACACACAUCGAUGAGGGGCAAGUGGUUUGAAGUCAGCGCCCUUAACCACUCGGCCACGGAGGCCCCGCUUCUUUGAUUAGGAUGUUAAGUUAAAACUUCCACAAAUCUUUUCUCUCCUUCAUUUUUCACAAUUAUAUUAUUAGUUACACUGCUUGUUGGUGACAGGAUA